UCUCUGCGUUUCCGCUUGAACAGCGUCCAGCUGCCUCGCCUUUAAAAUGCCAGGGCGGCCGCGGCUCCGCUCAGAGCCCCCCUCGGCUGCUGGCCCGGGCUCGCCCGCGCCGCCGGGGCGCUGACUCAGCCGCAGCCCAGGCCGCUCCCGCGCGCCCGCGCCCCAGAGACUGGAAACGCCGCAGCCAGCGAUCGGCGGUCGCCCUGGGCUCGGCGCCGGCCCAGCCAGGACCCCUGGGAGCGCCCCGGACGGGCCUCGCCAGUCACACUCCAGUGCCCCCGCCAGCCAGCACAGAGCCUGCUCUCAGUGAAAGGCCACUGCUGUCCUUGGGCGACCCCCACAAUGCCUGACCGCUCCCCGUGCCUCCUGGAACAGCCAGGGUCCUUAUGAAGUGGUGACCACUCCAGUCAGCAGGGGUGGAAAAUGGUACGGGUCAAGCCCGAGGCGGAGGAGGAGCAGCCCACAGCCGCUGCCACGAGAUGGAGGAGCCCACGCCCGAGCCCGUCUAUGUCGACGUGGACAAAGGGCUGACCUUGGCCUGCUUCGUCUUCCUCUGCCUCUUCCUUGUGGUCAUGAUCAUCCGCUGUGCCAAGGUCAUCAUGGACCCUUACAGCGCCAUCCCCACAUCCACCUGGGAGGAGCAGCACCUGGAUGACUGAGGCUAGGCGGGUGAUGGACCUGGCGCUCUCUGGGUGGCAGUGCCCCAGGGUGCACCUCUGAGUCCCUUGCCAGCCUGCCAUCCCACAGAGGAAGGAAUGAAUCUGACCACCCAGGGCAGGAGAAGGUGCAGCUUAGCCUUGCCCGCCCUCCCUGGAGCGCCAGCGUGGAAUGCCCGGGUACCAUGGGGGUUGCAACCACGGAGCAGCCAGGGAAUAAAGGCCCUGGACCAGGGCCCAGGAUGCUGGGGUUCCAGUGGGGGGAGUCACCGGCCCAGACUCCUGGGCACCUUUGGGAACCGGAUCCAGAACAGAUGCCCCACCCCCCGGCCCAUCGCACAACAGUAGUCUCAUCUUGAGGAGACUCUCUGUCCUUAAAAUGCAAAGUAGCACAUGGAGGCUGCCAGCCAAGAGGUCCCACAUGAACCCCAGCCCCUCCCCGGGGCUAUGGACUAGCAAUGGAGCGGCAGUGAGGGGAAAAGCAGGUUGAGGGAGUCUCACCUGAAAACUCACAAAAGGCACAGGAUAUGGGCUGCUUCCAAGCAGUAUUUUUUUAAACUAUAGAGGGAUAUAUUUUUCCUGUUAUAAAUAAAAUGCACAUUUUAGAAACUUGGAAAAAUGCAGAUAAAUAGGAAGAAAGAGGGGAAAUCACACUUAUAAUCCCACUUCCCAGAAACCACCAUUUUGAUAUAUUUUCUUCCAACCUUUUUACUUGUAUUUUUUAGUCAAAUUCAUACUCUAUGCAUGACGUUGUGCCACCUCAUAUGAUAGCAUGAAUGCUUCUCCAUUACAUCAAACGCUUUUCUUAGCUGCAAGUUUUCGUGACUGAAGCGUAGCCCAUCGGCUGGGUAAGUCAUGGUUAAACAAUCACCUCCUUUGGUUGGACAUUGAAUUUUUUUUUGCCAAUUUUUCUUCGCACAAAAUUAUUGCACCCAGUAAACUUUUUGAGGGUGCACAGUCUUCAAAAAGUUGGAUGGAUAUUGAACGGGGAGACCUGGGUUCUGGUCCUGUGUUUACCAGUCAGGUUACUGCGUGACCUUGAGCAAGUCACUUCACCUCUCCGUGCCUCUGUUUCCUCAUUGUAAGAUAGGAAAAGCCUUGUCAUCUUUAAAGUUUUAUUUUUUGCCUAUACCUCAUGUGAACAAAAGGGAGGAAAUGAGAGUGAAUGUGCUAUAAAUGUGCCAUAGUGGGGGUUGGGGGACAAGGAAGAAGUUGACGACGAUGACUUCUCAAGCCCUCCCUCCUCCCACCUCUUUCUGCCCUCUCCCCGACUCGAAGUCCAUCACCUACAUCUGUGACCUUGCAGCAAGAUUAUUGGAGCAGAGCCUACAAAGCUGGUCCCAAGUCCCAAUUCCUCUGCUUCCUUGUUAUAGGACCCCAAAUAACUCACUCAGCCUCUCUGAGCCCCAAUUUCCUCAUCUGUAAAGUGAGGGAAUAAUAUCUACCUCACAAGGUUGUUGUGAGGAUGAAAUGAGAGAACACAAGCAAACAUGAGUGUUCUUGAAUUCACCACCCCAGGAGAAGCCAGGGUUCUGAGCUGGGAGGAGCAGAGGUUCCAGGUGCUCCCAGCCCCUACAGAGCCUGGAACCCUCAGCUUUCCUCAACUUCUGAGGGAUGCUUCCUACAGGCCAAAUCUCCCAGCCAGAAUCACGUGGUCAGAGGAAUACUCACAGCAGCCUUCCCCAGCCCCUGACUUCCAGGGAUAUGGUGUCUACUAAUUUACAUAAUUCUCAUUGUCAUCAGUUUUCCCAUAACAUGAUACGAAGUUAAACUGGAGCACCUGUGCUCCCGUUCCUCUGAGUGCAUUUAUUUAUUUAUUUAUUUAUUUAUUUAUUUAUUUAUUUUUGAGA